GGGAUUUAAGAAUCUGGCCGCUGGACUGCCCUUUCUUCUCUUUUAAAGCGCAGAGGUUUGGUUUUCAUUGUUCGAACGCAGUUUACAGAGCUGAGAGCACAGGUCUUUAUAAAACCUAGUAAUUUACUUGUUUCACAAUCCAAUCCAUGGAUCCUACUCAUGGAUCUAAGGCUUGGAGGCCAUGCUUUCCUCUUCAUCCUGCCCACCACCACCACCACCAUAAUCACUGCCAUUUCCAUUCUUUAUGUUUCUGUCCUCACGGCCACCACCACCACCUCCACCUCCAUCACCAUCACCACCACCACCACCUCCAUCAUCACCAAUUCAAUGGUCUCCGCCAUAUAUGCCCCAGUUUUAAUACUUUUCCUCGAAACCCAGAACCUUCUGGUCACGUUCCUCUCCCAAACGAUUUGAAUAGGUGUGCUUCUGGGCGUGAAGAAGCUUAUGAUUUUACCACCCCGAUGUUACAAGAGCAUAACUAUGAAGAAUUAAAAGAGGAAGAGGACGAUGACCCAGUUUUUGUUCUGACUGAUGAAUGGAGGGAGUUCUUUGCGAAAUCUGAAGCAAAGAGGAAAUUAGAGAAAAAGCAGGCUAAGAAGAAAGGAAAAAAAUAAAUAGAGCAGUUGGAGGCAUUCUUGAAUCAUUUGAAACGUGAAAGGUUGUGGAAAAUUCAUAUGGUAGCUGCAGAGUUUAUGGAAGAUUGAUCGAGAAAUGCUUUUGUAGUCCAUACAUACUGUUGAUGCAAGAGCUCACUUGGGAGGUUAAGAUGAUAGAAAUGGUAUUAAAUUUCAUGUGGAAAUCAAAUGCGCCAUUGCUCAACGUAGAUUUACUCCUUAAAGCUCUGUAGCUGUUGGAGGCUUGAGAGUUUGUAUUUUUGUUCAUGAUCUUUAGUCCCAACGUCUUUUUACGCUGAAAGCUUGAUUUUUGGUAUCAACAUGGUAAGUCAUUUCAUGCACCAUUUCAAUCAUAGACCGAAUUGUGACAGAAUUUUUGGUUGAA